AUGCUGCCGCGGAUGAGGCGAGUCCUCACUAUCGUCCCUCUGCACGCCCCGCGGCUUCCCUCUGUUUCUGUUUGCAGCCCCGAUCUGCACAGCCCGCAAAGUGGUGCGCCAUUCUGCCUGUUUCCCCAGAGCCGCCACACGCAGAUCGGCCCCGAGGCGGAGGCGGAUGAAACGAAACAACAAACCCUCUCCUGCCUGAAGGUCACUGCGUCUCGCGUCUCGAGCCUCGGACCAUCUGCCGGCAGUGUUGCUGCUUCCGGUCUUGAUCUUGAAGCAGACAUCCAACUGCCUGCGCAGCCUCUCGCCGAGGUACCCUUCGUACAACCGCGGGUCAUCACGCAACCUGCCCGCCUACAAGGCAAUGCGAUGCGGAGCAACUUCACGGCUCCGCAAAUGACUUCCAACCCCGUCCAUUCUUGCGAGCCUGAGCGCGUCAAUAACCCCGAAACCUUCUCCAGACUGACCUCCAAGGCUGACAGCAUAUCGUACAUGGCAUCGCAGGGCUGA